AUUUUCCAAAUUUAAAUGUUAAAAUUUUUUUUCCCCUCCAAAUUUAAAGCUAAAAAACGGGACAUCUAUGACAAAUAUGGCAAAGAAGGAUUAAAUGGUGGUGGAGGAGGUGGACGUCACUUUGACAGUCCAUUUGAGUUUGGGUUCACAUUCCGGAACCCAGAAGAUGUCUUCAGGGAAUUUUUUGGUGGAAGGGAUCCAUUUUCCUUUGACUUCUUUGGUAAUGAAGAUCCAUUUGAAGACAUUUUUGGGAACCGAAGGGGUCCCCGAGGAAGCAGAAGCCGUGGUACAGGCUCUUUUUUCUCCACUUUCAGUGGAUUUCCAUCCUUUGGAGGUGGAUUUUCUUCGUUUGAUACAGGAUUUACUUCAUUUGGAUCCCUAGGUCAUGGGGGCCUCACUUCAUUUUCGUCCACAUCAUUUGGCGGCAGUGGGAUGGGUAACUUCAAAUCUAUAUCAACUUCUACUAAAAUCGUUAAUGGUAGAAAAAUCACCACAAAGAGCCGGGAGAGGAAGGCCGGGCUACUGAUCCAGCUGGCAGCAGACCUUGGCGUUCUCUACAUCACGUUGGUUCUAGGUGUGGCUGACGAGGAGGCCCUUGCUGAGGAGCGCGUGCGGAGAGGCCAGCAUGCCUUGCCGGCCCAGCCUUCCAGCUCCCACCUGCCGAAGCCGCCCCGCCCCACCCUGGUGGCUAGGUCCACACCACACCACGUGCUGGAGGAGGAUGAGGAGCAGGACAGGCCACAGGGGCCCAGCAGCUGGGAUGCCCCCAUGAGCUCAGCAGGGUUUAAAGAAGGUGGCAAGAGGAAGAAGCAGAAGCAAAGAGAGGAGUCGAAGAAGAAGAAGUCGACCAAAGGGAACCACUAGGCUGGACUUGCCCGGCAGACGCGGGUGGCCAGCCCACGCUAGGUGGUGCUACUUUCAGUGCUGUCCAGGGCCACCUCGCUUAGCAGGAUAUGGACGUGUGCUCGUGGAUCGUAGGAUCAGGGGACUCGAGACAGGUGACAUCGUGGGUGGUGUGGUAGACAUUUGGGGUACAGCUCACUUCCUGACCGCUUUUCCCCAGCACUAAAUCCACCAGCGCUCUCCUCAAGCUGCGAGCAGUCUGUCUCUUCUUUUCCGGUUUCUCCACCGCUGUACCUCUUCCUGAGGUCGUUGUAGCUGCGAGGCCCAGCACGGGAUGGACAGGGAAUGGGCCUGUGGUCAGGAGACGACAGUCCUCUCUGCGGCACCGGGGUUUGAAAUUAGAAUGCAUCAUAGCUUAAGAUACUGUGACUGCACUCAGUUUGGUGGCUGUCGGUCUGUUCAGAGCAGCGUGACCACAGACAGGCCUCCGCGGUCACUGCAGGUGUAAAACCAUUCCUUAUAUUUAUUGUCCGGGUUCCAGUUCUCUCCAGGGAGUCCAGAGUCGACUGUAUAUGGUUUAGUGUUCGCUAAUCUCAUAGUUGAGAUUCUUUUUUUAAAAAAGUAAGUUAGGUUCUGCUCAGCAAAACUCUCUGGCUUUUGUAGGUCAGGGUUAUUGGACUGGAGGAAAACAGCCUGGUUACUUGUGCACACGCAUGGACACGCACACACACAC